AUGAAGGAGGGGAAAGAGAGAUACAAAGUAAAUCAGAGACCUCACAAGGAGAGAAAGAUGAGAGUGGGGAUGUGGAAGGGAAACAGCCCAGGAGGGAACCAGGGAGCAGCCAUGGAAGGAACCGGAGGAGAGCUGGGGGGACAGGGGAACUGGGGUCUGGCAGAUGCUCCAGGUCUCUUGGCCAAGGCCUCUUUACCUCUCAUGCUCCCAUGGCCACUGCCACUGGUCUCCUCAGCUCUUACCUUGCUUCUUGGAGCCCUCACUUCCCUUUUCCUCUGGUAUUGCUACCGCCUGGGCUCCCAAGACAUGCAGGCCCUGGGGGCUGGGAGCCAGGCUGGAGGUGUCAGUGGUGGGCCUGGGGGAUGCUCUGAAGCUGGCAGGCCAAGUCUAAGGGGCUCUGGAGAGCCAGGAGAAGGACCUAGGACAGAAGGCCUGGUGAGCCGUCGGCUUCGGGCCUAUGCCAGGCGUUACUCCUGGGCUGGGAUGGGUAGGGUGAGGCGGGCAGCGCAAGGUGGUCCAGGCCCAGGGGGAGGGCCAGGGGUCCUGGGCAUUCAGCGCCCAGGCCUGCUUUUCCUACCAGACCUGCCUUCAGUCCCCUUUGUGCCACGGGAUGCCCAGCGGCAUGAUGUGGAGCUCCUGGAGAGCAGCUUCCCUGCCAUUUUGCGGGACUUUGGGGCUGUGAGCUGGGACUUCUCAGGAACUACCCCUCUGCCUCGGGGCUGGUCCCCGCCCUUGGCUCCUGGGUGCUACCAGCUCCUGCUGUACCAAGCAGGCCGGUGCCAACCCAGCAACUGCCGCCGGUGCCCAGGGGCCUAUCGGGCACUGAGGGGGCUGCGGAGCUUUAUGAGCGCCAACACCUUCGGCAAUGCUGGCUUUUCUGUCCUCCUGCCUGGGGCCAGACUUGAGAGCCGCUGUGGGCCCACCAAUGCGAGGGUCAGAUGCCACCUUGGCCUGAAGAUCCCCCCUGGCUGUGAGCUCGUGGUUGGUGGUGAACCCCAGUGCUGGGCUGAGGGGCACUGUCUACUGGUGGAUGACUCCUUUCUGCAUACAGUGGCUCAUAAUGGCUCUCCUGAAGAUGGGCCUCGAGUGGUCUUCAUAGUGGACCUUUGGCACCCCAAUGUGGCUGGGGCAGAACGCCAGGCCCUCGACUUUGUCUUCACGCCAGACCCUUGAUGUUAGGUGCUCCCUUCAGACCACCUGGGCUGGAGAGAUACUGCACUCAGGGAUGGCUUGAGCAGCACCCAGGACCUCUUCUCCACUGCAGCAGGGUGGGCAAGGGUGAUGGUGGGAACUGGACAGUGAACACUGAAAUAUAAAUUUGGAAUUCUCUCCUAA